AUGUUUUACGUGUUUUAUGUAAAUCAGGGUUCGUUGCAAGCACUAGAUGUAUCCGUCGCACUUGGCUCUGUUCACAAACUACAGUGUGUUAUCGAAGAAAUAACUUGUGUCCCUAUCGUAGAACAGGCUUUGCUUGUAUCAGGUGGAGAAGGGUUACUGCCAGAAAAACAGGUCUCGCAUUAUCAGGGAACUGGCACCGAGUCCAAUCCUGUAUUUUUAUUUCGAAAAUUAUGUAGGGAAAAUUCUCAGAAUGCAGAUCACGCUUAUUCUGAUGACUUAUCUCCACUUUAUACUGGAUUCUAUGAUGAGCUGCAUAUUCUUGAUAGCUCGACUAUCUCUCGACCACUGAUUACACGUUAUUGUGAUGCCGGACGUUUGGGAAUAAAAAUUGCUGAAAGAAGUUUGCAGUUCUGUGCUCGUUUAGUUCAGGACCACCAACUUUUGCAUCAGGGAUGGUUGGCGUUAAUAUCUAAUCUUUGCGAUUCCCGAACACAAAUCGUUAAAAAAUCGGAACGUUUCUUUUCUCGUUAUGAACGUUUGAGAACAAUGAAGGGUAAAGCUGAAUCCUUGCUGCAAGAUUUCGAUAAUGUUCUCCGUACUUUAUCACAAAUCAAGAUUCCAUCGGCUUUAUUGUCAAAUUCAUAUAAAUUGCAAGGAAUGUCGAGAGCUGCUGAAGAAUGCACAUUGUAUGAGUAUAUAGCUCGUGCUGAUCCACAAAAUUCUUUGGAAGAAAUGUCUGAGCAAGUUAAUUUGCUAUUAUCAAAGACAAACGAUACUGAAUAUAGACAAGUAAUCUCCAAUAUGAAAUAUGUCAAUGAGAAAGUCAAUAAUUAUGAAAUGCGUACUAUACGGGGUAUAAAUACUCGUCUUACGCAAUUAGAUUCGAUGUUUCAUAAUAAAGAACAGCAAAUGAAGGUGUUGAGGAAUUUAUGCUUCGCCGUAUCCCAGUCAACUUUCCAUUCAACUGAUAUUAGGGUAUCGAAGUUUAUGUUUAUCAGUAAGGAUAUUGUUUUGGGUCAGCGAGAGAAAAUGCUAGAGGUCAAGAAACUGAUUGAGCAGAUGCAGAAAAUGGGGAGAGCUUUUGAGCAAUCAAAAAUCGAAUUGCUAAGUAAUAUUAGAACAAGACUACGGGGAUGGAUAUUGCAGGUUUAUGAUAGAUUGCACACGACAAACAAUCAGAUAACUUUAUUUGAAGAAAAGUAUAUUGUUUUACGAAACCGUCUUGACAUCAUUCGACAAGUGAAAGAAAGCCCAACAAUGUAUGCUACAGCGCUCACUGAAUGUCUUCGACGAAGUGUAUUGCAACCAGAGUUCGAGUCAUGGUUUACAUCGUUCAUGGGAAAAAGCGUCACUUUGAUAGCAGAAGAAACAUCUGUGCGAGAAGUGUUUAAGCAAAAAUUAGGUCGACAUUUUUUAAAGCAGUUGUUUCCUGGAAUGUUCGACAGUUUUCCAAACUUUACUUGUUGUACUUUAACUCAGUUCGAUAAAAAUUUGCCUCCUGUGUCAACAGAGGAUCUGAGAAAUCUAAGACAGGCUGUUCCAUGUUUAACGAAUUUACUAAAGGUAACAGAUCCUUUUAUCUAUCUACGUCUUUCUGUUAAAGAUCCGCGUGUUAUUUCGGGAUCACAAAUGACUCCUGUUUUAAAAAGAGAAGAGUCGUUCUAUACGACAGAUGCUACGAUUAACGUGACUAACUUGAAUAAGAAUUUUCCGUCAACGCAUUGGUUAAGUGGUGACGAGAAUUUGGAUGUUUCACCUUCGAAUGCAACAAUAAUGGCCAAAUCGCCACCCUCGCGAUUUGGUUCUACAGGAAGUUUAGAUAUAACAGACGAAUCUUCUACAAAACCACUUAAUCCAUUUGCAGCACUUUUCGACGUUUCAAAUAAUGAAACUCCUGAAAAUAGAGUGGAAGUUGAGAGUGAAGCAUAUUCAGUAUUAAAUGCUUCGAAAAGUGAGCCAAUCGCAAUACCUCAAAGCGUUGCAUCUGCGUGUCAGGUUGUUGUGCCGUCAGUUGAAGAAGAAAAUUCAUUGAAACCGUUAUCAAAUAAAUCCAGUCAAUUUGGGACACCUGAAGAUCACAUCAAUUACCAGCGAAGAGUUGCUGAUGUAUUCGAUAGGUCUGGUGCUAAUGAUUUACUCUAUUUGAGAGAUGCUCUGAAGAAAUUGUUGAAGGAGCUAAUGCAUUUUAAAGAAGAAUUAGUUCUCUCUGUGAAUCAGGUCCGAGAAUACUCAGGUGAAGUAUUAGAAAAGAUCAGCAGCUCUAUAGUUGCCUAUAUUGAAUGUGCAGAAAAAAGUGCUGGUACAGACAUGUUUACUAAGCCUAAGUUAUUGGAUGCUGUCACUGAAACCGAGGAAGAAAAUCAGCUGGAAGAGUCAUUCGUGAUGAGUGAUGGGGAAAAAAGUUCGGAAAAAGAUAACCGCAUUCUAGAACUUCAGCAAAUUAUAACUGCUCAGGAGAAAAAAAUCGAGCGACUUCGAGAACAACAAUCAAGUGCGAAAAAUACUAUUGCAAAUCCCUUAAUUUAUAGAAUGGAAGCUGAAAGAAGCGAAAUGUACAAGACUCUUGGAGUCGAUCAUGAGUUGGCGCUGGAGCGAAGAACUUCAUCCUACGGCGAGGAAAUGAUGAGAAAAAAUAAAGAAAUCGAAUCACUAAAAAUGACCCUGCAUAUGCUUCGUGUAGGCAGUAGCCAUUUUACUGACAGUGCAGUUAGUACAGCUGCAGUUUCUGGCAACCAAAGUGCUUAUGAACAAAAAUACAAGCAUGGGAAUCCAGGUAUGUGCGGUCAUUCUUUGGUUUGCAAAGAACUAGACGAAACUGAAAAAGAAUACCAGCUUGCGACUGAAUUCAUGCAAUGUACAGAAAUUGCUACUGGUUUGCAAGCGAAUGAGGUAUCCAAAGAAUAUCUCCAGAAACCUUUUACUAUCAGCAAUAGAACGACAAAUGAGGCAAAAGACAUAGAUACGGAUGUAAGCACAGAUGAGACUGAGGGACAUUCAGAUGAGGACAUUGCACCUGUUACAUCUAAACCGGCUACUGUACAGACAACGAUCUCAUUACGAGAAAUGAGGACAAUGAUCACUGUACAAGAUAUUCAUGAGUUUUGUGCUGUUUUGAUUGUUUGGAGUGAGCCUCAUGAUGCAUAUAUACUGUUCAGUAUUUCUCCAGUCUUUCACUUUGUCAAGGAACGCAGUUUAAAACGUAUGGGAGUGAAGUGGGACCGACAGUCAGUAGCUGUAUCUACAGUUGGCCAGCGCCCUAACUGGUUAAUGGCAGUUACUACCCGUUUGGAAUUAUGCAAAAUACGUAAAGCAGAUAAUCGUUAUAAUUUAAAAGUUGGAACGAAGUUUUAUCGCGUGGAAGUGGAGCCUCUGCAGAUAGAUUCAUCUAGUAUUCGGCGUCAUACUGAUGAUUGA